UAGGUCGUCAUAGUUACCCGAUGACGUAGUCGCAUUCAUUGUGUGUUCGGUUCCGGCCGCCAUUACUGUAUUCUUGUAACGUCCGUCGUUUGUCGGAAAGAAUUAAAUUAUUUAAUGUUUUCAAAAUUUACGAAGACGAAGGUGCGCUAAUUGUAAGUUACACGAUGUAUCCUUUGGUUAUUCAUAGCACGGAUAUGAAGACUGACGAACUUUUAGAUAUGAUUUCCAGUAUCGCUAGAAAAAAGAACAAAAUUCGCGGUAAUUUAAGAAUAGAAGUGCUUCUGGAAGAAACGUACAAGAAAAUAGACAAAGAACUUAAACAGAAGCAACUGAAAAGGAAGAGGAAAUGGGAAGAGAUGAAAAUAGAAAUGUGCAAGAAGGCGAGGAUCGCCAUCGAGUCUUGCGUGGACGUGACGUCGACGAAAAUUCACGAGGACGACGAGGACGAUGACCCUUUCGAACUGAACGGUUUCUUUCAAAGAUUGAAAAGUGCAACGCCAAAUGUUCCCGAUGUGGUAACGGCGUGGGUCCACUGCUCGGUCUCUCGAAAGAGUCGCACAAGACCGGUGGGCAAAUUGAUUCGGUAAAAUUCAGGUUUAAAUGUGUGAUCCUAACCGAAUGUGACCAUCCAGUAUUUAAAUGUUUGUACAUAUUGUAAUUAAUUUUGUAUAUAGAUAAAAAUAUAUAUAAGUAUAUAAAUUAAAACCUUUGCAUGAUUUUAUAAAAAUGUCAAAUGUUUUAAAAAUUUUUUCAGCAGUUUUACCGUAGGUCGGGAGAAUUCGGAAUUAUUUGGGUUCUGGCCGCCGUUUUUAAUAUCGGGUCGAGAACGGCGGGGGAAACGUUAACGAAAUCGUUUGGUUUUCGUAUUUUUGACCCCGAUAUUAAAAAUGUUGCGAUGGCGAUAAAUAAUUCUCUCUCUUCCUCUUAUGUGUGUACGAAUGAACAAAUUAAUCGUUCUUUUUCAGGUUUUUAUUAUUAUAUAAUUUUUAGUUGUCACGUAUCACUUUUUUUUUUGUUAUGCUCGAUCACUGUUUUUAAGGUUAGGUUCAUUGACCAAUGAUGCACUCUGAUGACCUAUCGUACCUUCAUGUCCGGUUUGAGACCGAAGAUUGCUGCCUGCGGACGGAACGGAACUUGGUAUGUUGCAGAACUAAGUUGAAUGUUUGCAACAUUAAUUUUUGCAUGUGCGUGGGCAAUGUUGUUUGUCUUAACCACAUUUGUUUAGGAAUUGCCAUUUCUAUUAAACAGAUCUGGUUACACAAACAUUUUUGCAACCUCUAACGAGAAGUUUAAGUUUAAAGAAGCGAAAACCAUGGUUACUUUAUUUAUAUGUAAUUUUAGUUAUCAUUUAUAUAAAAUUUGUGUAAUUUGGAAAAGGAAACACAAUGUUUUAGAAUCUGACCGGACUUAAAAUGCUUUUAACGUGUAGAUUUAUUGAAUUUUUAACACAUUUUGAGUGUAUUGAAACGUCCUUGGAGUAUACUUUAAUUUUUGUUCCCCCAAAGUGAAUGAACGGUUUUCUUUUAUAGAGUUUUUGUGGAAUACAACCUAUUCCAUGAGAAACUGCAUAGAAAUUGCCGAAAGCCGUUGCUGUUAUGAAACGGGAAGUUGUGCUGGAUUAUCGUUCCUUUUCUUACAGGUAUUAAUUUUAAGAAGUAAAUUAAAUAAAGCAUCAAGGUUGUGCUUGAGACUUGAUAUAUAUAUAUAUAUUUUUUUAUUUGUAAUAAACUAAUACAUUUCACAUACUUUGUUUCUAAAACAAUUUAUAUUUUUAAUGUGUAUAUUAGAAAUAUAAAUUGAUAAGAAAAAUUUUACAAUUAUUUUCAUACAAAUCAAAAGUUUUAUAUAAAACAGUAUCUGGUAUGAAGAUAAUUCAAUUUUUAACAACCUGGUUCAUUUAAUGAAAAUUAAAAAUUUUAUGUUAAUGCAGAUACAUUGAUGAAUUUAUCCCUCACGCAAAUUAAACUAUUGUGUAAGUUGAAAGUACUUUAUGAUCACAAAUUUUUUCAUACUUUUUAAGAUUUUAAUGACAAUUUUUCAAAUAAUAUAAGUGACUAUGUAUAAUGUAUACUAUAUAAUAUCGUCUAAGUAAUGAAAAGUCGCCAUUUCAGCAUACAAUGGAAUUAAAUCUGAUGCAAUAAAAUUAAAGUUCACGUUCUGCUAAGACAUCGCCUGCAUGUAGUUGCGUAGAGUUUUCCUAAACUAUAUUUUGGAUGAACUAAGAAUUUCUUGGUAAGUAUAUUUAUAUCAGUUAAGAAAAUGGAAUUCUAUAAAUUUUAAACAUUCAAAAUAUCUAAAUUUAUAAGAGGUUUUUAAUAUUAGAAGUAACAAUUUUUACAUUUUGAGAUCUUGAAUAAAGUAACAAAAAAAUCUACUGUUCACUUACGUAUUAGAAUUUCUCUUUGGCAAAACGUAUAUAAAUCAAACAUUUCUUACACAAGUACAAAACCAUAUGUUCUUAUAUAAAGGUUAUAUGUAUAUUUGAAACAAUUGUUAUUGCUUGUUUAAAUUAUGAUACCAAUACUAUAUGCUUAUAAUUGGAUGAAAGAGGCAAAUACUAAAUUUUAUUAGGGUAACAUAAUCAUUUAUUUCAAAAAAACUUGUUUAAAAGAUAACACAUUGUUAGUAUAUACCGACUAUUACCUUACAUUAGUAGAUACAUGAUAUUAGGAUAAAAUUACCAAAUAGUUGUGAAAAUUUGGAUCAAAUUUACUUUAGGUAGCCAAAAUGGUGGUGCUUCGUUUUGUUUCCAUUAUACCCCGUUCACACCGAGCAUUUCGAUCUAGAUUGUGGCUUAAGUCGGAGAGAGUUCCGCGGUGCGAACGCUCUCGACCGUUUCAAUCUCGACUGAAACGAGGCUAAAUCGCGAUCGACUGGAGAGAGUUCUCGAAACUAGAUCCAGUUAUAAGAGAGAUCCCACAAUCCCACGCGCGCGAGAAAAUACAAGA